AUGCGUGGAUCACGUCCUCUGAGUUCAUAAUCAAACUAAUAAUAAGUUGAGAAAAUGAAGUUAGCCUAAACAGCAAUCAAAAAACGAACAUCAAAACCUAAUUUCUUUACUACUUACAGAACACAUGUUAUUAUAUCAAGUACUAAUCUAAAUAUAUUCAAUUAGUUAUUGUUGGAAUAAUAAUCAUUGCAGUCUUAUCAUUUACUAAAUAAAUUAAAGAAUAUAUCAUCAUUAAUUAGUCAGAAAUCAACUCCCAUAAUUCUUAAGGAUAUCCUUAUACUUUAGGACCAAAUGAUUUCUUUCAAGUAAUUUGAUCAUCUAAUUAGAAUGUAACAUUAAUGCAAGCUAAAACUUUGUUUAAGAAUGAUUUCACAUAAUAAAUUAAUGUAGAAAAAUGCAAAGUACCUAUUAAUUUUGAAAUUCCAACUUAUUUUAAUUUCAAAGAAUCCUAUCCUAAUUGCUCUCAUAUUAUAUUCAAUUAAGGCAAUUGUUCAUCCUCUUAUUCUAUUGCUGUUUCUUCUGCCUUUUCAGAUAGAGUCUGCAAAGUCAAUUAAACUCAAUAAUUAUCAGCUUAAAAUCUAUUAUCUUGUGAUGGCAAAUUGAAUUAAGGAUGUACUGGAGGACAUAUAACUAGAUCAGCUGAAUAUAUUAUUAAACAUGGAUUAACUACUAAUGAAUGUCAUCCAUUCAGAGGUGACGAUAAUUUCUAAGAAUGUACAAAAGCACUUGAAAAAUGUUAAAGAUAUAAAGCUAAUUCCUUUUGUUAAUUGUAAAAUAAGGAUGUAUAUAAUUAUGUGGUUUUUAGGAUAUUAAACGAGAUAUUAUUAAUAGAGGUCCUGUAGUUGCAAUUAUGCAAGUCUAUAAAGACUUUCUUGUUUAUAGGGAUGGAGUGUAUUAGGUUUUAGAAGGAACACCAAGAUUUCAUGGAGGACAUGCUAUUAAAAUUGUUGGAUGGGGAGAAUAAAAUGGAUAUUAAUAUUGGAUUAUUGAAAAUACAUGGGGUACUACUUGGGGAAAUGAAGGAUUAGCCAAACUUGCUAUUGAUGGUUUUAUAGAUCUGUCAUUACAAGCAUUAUCAAUUAUUUAUUGAA